AUGUCUCCAAACAGAGCGGUUCAAGUAAAGAAACUUGCUGCAAUUGUGAGAGAAAAGUAUAAAGCUCUUAGAAGAAUGCAAGCUGAUGACAACGAACUUCUACAGACAACGUUUAAGCCAAUAACUGCACCUCUUAAAGAAAUAGCCAACUAUGUGAAUGUCCCUAAACCAGACCCCAACGAAGAUGAUUCACAAACUCAUCCGCCAUCACAGGUCAGUGAUGACAUCGAACCUCUACAUACGCAAAUAUCGUACAACCCUUAUUUAGAAAAAUAUACGCAAGAUUUAGGGAAUGUAGACCAGAUAUACGGUCCACAUGUUAAUUGGUCUACUGGAGAAUGGUCGUUUGGAAAUAAAACAAUUGAGUUCGGUAAAGAUAGCAUUCAAAUGGAUUCACACAUUUUUACAGCUACACCUGGCCUGUACGACCUGAUCUUCUCGAAAGAACCUACACAAUAUACACUAGCCGAUCAGACAAUCUACAAAGCUCUUCUAGACAUAUCCGGCGCACAUAAAGAUGGGCGAGGUCGAUUACGUCAUCAAUCUCACACCAUAAAAUAUGAAAAAAUUAUUAAGCCGAUGUAUUUGGGUAAUAAAAAAAGAAGACCACAGACCUUACACGGUACCGCAAAAAAUGUCGAACUACAUACCCACGUAGAAGAUACAACACACACACAACAACAACAACAAUGUAAAAGAAGACAUAUAUCACAGAAGGCUCACGAUACAGAAGACAUCUCAGCAGAUGAUACAAUCAACAAUAAAAAGUUUCCCAGUGACUUCUUAUUUGGUGUGGCGACAGCAGCUUAUCAGAUCGAAGGAGCCUGGAAUGAAGAUGGCAAGGGAGAAAAUAUUUGGGAUCAUAAAGUCCACACAGAUCCAACCUACGUAGCAGAUAAUUCAACUGCAGAUAUUACAUGCGACUCUUAUCAUAAAAUGAAAGAUGACAUAGCCAUUUUAAAGGAACUUGGUGUCAAUCAUUAUAGAUUUUCUCUGUCUUGGACUAGGAUUUUACCUACAGGAAUUAUUUCUAUCACUCUUGACACAUCCGCAUAUAUACCAGCAUCUAAUAAGUCAGAAGAUAUAGAAGCUACCGAAAGGAUGCAGCACUUUAGACUGGGAAUCUAUGCCAAUCCCAUUUACGUUGGGGACUAUCCAGAAAUCGUAAAGACAAGAGUAGCUGAACGUAGUAAGGUAGAAGGACGUGCACAAUCUCGUUUGCCAACGUUUACACAGGAAGAAAUUGAAUACAUAAAUGGAACUCACGAUUUUUUCGGCUUAAACGUUUACACCGCAUAUUUGGUAGCUGACCUGGGCUAUGAUCCACCAGUUGAAAACCUUCCCAGUAAGUUUCAAGAUGAAGCAGUCAAUGCUUAUCAACCAGCAGAAUGGGAAAGUAGUAGUCUUAAUGACUUAUUUAAGGUAGUGCCAUGGAGUGGAAGGCAUUUAGUAAACUGGAUCAAAGACCACUAUAACAAUCCAGGAAUUAUAAUCACAGAAAACGGUUAUAUGUCUAAAGGUGAUAAAGAUGAUAGAAGGAUCUACUAUAUUAAAGGUUACUUAAGUGCUUUUAGGGAUGCCAUGGAAAAGGAUCACGUCAGUAUUUUGGGCUAUACCGUUUGGAGUGUUAUGGACAAUUUCGAAUGGAUAUCAGGAUAUAUCCCAAAAUAUGGACUUUAUGAAGUAGAUUUUAGUUCUCCAAACAGAACAAGAACAGCAAGGCCAUCUGCAAUGUUUUAUAAAAAUGUUAUAGCCACAAGAUGUUUGGUAGAAAAUUGUGUCGAAUAAAACUUAUAUUAAAUAUAAAUAAAGAGUAUUUCAAAGAAAUUUGUAAACAAAUAAAAUCCUAUUCUAUACCUGUCUACCUUUUUAAUUUGAACGUUAA